AUGUUUAACUUUGGCAAGGGUAAAAGUCCUUCAACUAACAACGUUAAUCCCAAUUCAAAUACAACUGGAGGAGGAGGAGGAGGAGUAGGGACAACACAAGGUAGCAGUGGUAAUAAUAAGAAUCUAAAUAACUCUUCAGGCAAUUCAACACCAACACAAUCAUCUACUCCAACUACACCAAGUGUUACUUCACCUUUAGGUCCACUUAAUAACAACAACAACAACAAUAAUAAUAGUAGUAAUAACAAUCUAGGUGGAAGUAAUCCUCUAUCACCGACCAACAAUUCAAGUAAUCAUUUAAACGUAUCUACCUCUUCAUUACUUUCAGCAAGUACUAGUAGUCUAGCAGCAGCAGCAGCAGCAACACAAGAUUCAUCAAUGUUACAUAUUAAUAAUGGAGGUAUAAAUAUCUUGUCUGGUACACCAAUCAAUCCCAAUCAAGAUGGUGGUCCACCAAUACUAAACAAGUUUACAAGAUAUCUCUUGGCAAAGGGUACUUCAGUUGAACAUAUCUUUAAACCUCUUGCUGAAUUGGAACCUGAAGUAUUGAUUGUAAAGAAAAAUUUAUUAAAAGAUUUAAGUGUUGGUGAUAAUGUUGAACAAAUUCAAAUAUCAACCUAUACAAACAAUCCACAUGUAGUAUCUGAAUUAUUAAAACAAUAUCUUUAUUCAUUACCUGAACCUUUAUUCUCCUAUCAUUUGUAUGAUAGCUUUUUAAUAACUCACACAAUCGUAUCACAACAAGAUAGAUUAUGGUCAUAUAGAUUCUUAUUGGCUUAUUUACCUCUGGGAUAUAGAGGAGCCAUAAAGAGUUUAAUUGGAUUGUUAAACAAGAUUCAUAGUAAUCAUGGUCAAACUAAAAUGGAUUCUCAAUUGUUGGCAAAUAUCUUUGCACCUGUAUUCCUUCGUCCAGAAGAGGAAAUGUAUUAUAUGAAAACUGAUCGCAUUACAAUAGAGGAGAUUAUAAAGUUUUGGAUAGAAGAUUUUGAUACCAUUUCUAAACCUCCCACUACAAAUGCAAUCCCUGGUACUACUUCAAUCAUUGGUGGUAAUAGAGGUACCUCAUUUUUGGCAACUCAACCUUCUUUUCUUAACAAAGAACUUCCACAACAACAACAACAACAACAGGUUGCUGCCUCUAAUAAUUCAGGAUCGGUUACAACUUCACCCAAUUCUACAAGUACUUUAGCUCCUGUUGUAUCCAACAACACCAACAACAAUAAUAACGGCGGCAACAAAGAAGAAGCUCAUCCACUAUCUCCAUUGUCGCAUCCAACAAUAGGAUUAAACAAAUCCUCAACAAACAAUAACCUAACCAAUGCUACCAACCCACAACAACCAUCACCAAAACUCUCACUACCAACCAUUCCAAAACAACAAAACACCCAACAAACUACAACCGUCAUUAAAAUCAAAACACCACUUCAGGCUACUUCCAACAGUAAUUCUAAAUCCAAUCCUACAUCACCUACUAUAGUCUCACCUACAAGUUCAACACCAAAGGCAGCAGCAGCAACAGCAGCAACAACAACUACAGCCUCGGUACCAAAUUCUCCAUCUACAAAGACUACGACAACGACGAAUACACCAGCAACCUCUACAACUAUUCAUUCUACACCAACAAAGGAUAACCAAACCAAAAGCAAUAUUACAAGUCCACAACCAAAACAAACACCACAAUCACCACAAUCACCAAAUGUAUUACCACCUUCACCCAGCAUCAACAUGUCACCACCACCACCAGCUACAGUUGAUCCUACCACCAAAAAGAUUCCUCUAACACCAUUGUCUCAAUUGGAUUCAGAGACUGUGGAUAAAAUCAACAAAGUCAGAGGCACCACGGAAUCAUUAAUCAAUGACUAUAUUUGGAAACAAUUAAAACUAAUUGCAAAGAAUAUUGAAAUUGAAACAAAUUACACAAUAACCAUUAAACUUUCAACCAUCCUAAGAGAUUCAAAAAGACAUUUAAUUGAUUCAUCACAACAAUUAUUAUCAAUCAACAAAAAUGAUGUUAAAGGUUAUAUUAAAGAGAAUCAAAAACCACAAACAUUUAUUUUGGCCAUCUUGACCAACGAACAAAUGACCACCAACAUUGGAUUGUAUGGAGAAGAUUCAAAGCACUUUGAAUUAAAGAGAGCAUCACAUUUGGCAACUGAAGAGUUGACAGAUUACAUUUAUUUCCUAAAAUCAAAGAUACAUAGUUUUGCCUACAAAGAGCAUAUUGUACUGACUGCUCAAAUCAUCAGUAAACUUAAAACCAUUUUAGAGAGUGGUUCACCACAGUCCCACGUUGAUCAUGCAGCUAGAACACUUGGAAUGAGUGGAGGAAUUAAUAACAACAGCAGCGGUGGUAGUGGUGGUUCAAUAUCACAAUCUGGUGAAUUCUCAUCACCCAUUAGACUAUCAACUGGUAGUGCCAGUGGAAGCGUUGAGGAUGAAAUUAAAACAACCCUUCGUAUUGUCGAAGUGUGUUCACGAGAGAUCAAUGAAAGACUGUCAAUCAUUCGUCGUGAUCUAGAGAAUGCACCAUUAAACGAAGCAAUUGAAAUGGGUAAAGCCAUUCGCAGUACCAAACAAACAUUGACCGAACUUUACAAUGAAAAUGGAUAUCCUCUUCCUGUUGAAGUAAAGGUUGUAGUUGGCGCAUCAGACGAUCAAUUGACGGCACUCAAGAAAACCCUUUUGCCACUAUUAGAACGUACGCUACUACAAGUAGAGAAUGUUUGUAAAAUUGUAAACACUCAAACAUCACAGGGUAUUCCUCCCGAUCAAGAUUGUAAGAAUAUAAUUGAUAGAUUACUAUUCAUAAACAAAGUAUCAGCAGUUGACACAAGUAUGAGUAGUAGCAGUAGAUGUCAAACAUGUGGAUGUGAUUUACAUCCUUCGACAUCUGCUACCUCUUCACCUUUAUUGUCCUCAACAAUUAAUAAACAUCAUCAUCAUCACCAUCAUUCAAAAAUAGCAACUACUUCAUCAUCAUCUUUAUCAAAUACACCACCUACUACUUUAGCACCUACAUCAUCAUCGUCAUCAUCAUUAUCAUCAUCAAAUAAUAAUAACAAUACUAAUAAUAAUAAUAAUAAUAAUAUCAAUAUAGAAUCAAAUACAAUUAAAUGGAGAAAGAUAUUGUAUGAGAAACAGAAUUAUCCAGACAACUUUACAGAUGAAACUUUCUUGAUUGGUUUGGUUCAAAAUGUAACGCAACAAAUAACAAUCGUAAUCAUAUUUGCAAAUGUAUUUAUACAUUCACUCAAACACACUCUUUCUUUACCUUUUUUACUUGGAAUGGCUAUGGGAAUACUAGUCAUUGGUUAUAUUUCAAUCAUUAUGAUUGAUCCAACAUCUGAUUAUAGAUAUGGUGUUGGUGUAGAUGAUAAUUACAAAUCUAUUUACUCUGUCUCUCUCUCUCUUAUAGUCGAAUCAAUCAAGGAUAGUAUAUUAUAUAUUAUAUUACUUUUUGGAACAGUUUACGCAUUAUCACCAGUAUUAAGAACCCUUACCAAUUCAUUCAGCGAUGAUACUAUAUGGGCGCUGACGUUUAUAUUAUUGCUGGCGCAUCUUUUUUUCCAUGACUAUGGUUACACAAACGGAGAGAGCGAAAGGUUUCAAGCUCCAAUCUCACUCAAUGCUGCCAUCUUUGCAUCGGUUCUAUUGGGAUCGAGACUUCCAUCAAUCAUACACGUUUUUGUACUCAUUUCCUUUGCCAUUGAAAUGUUUGCAUUAUUUCCAAUUGUCAGACAUCAUCUUAAAAAACACUCGAUAGAGUUGCACGCAGGUUUGACAGUCAUCCUUUGUGCUACAUGUAGUCUAUUACUAUUGGGUAUGAGUACCCUGUUGGCUUUAAUAUACGUUGCCAUUAUCAUUACCAUUACUUUUAUUUGUCCACUUUGGUUAAUCUUUAUUCAAAAAUAUAAAAACUCGAUGCACGGACCAUGGGAUGAGGCCUGUCCAGCUGUGGCCAAUGUUUAA